AUGAAGUUCUUCUACGAGAUCAUCUCGACCCCGACCGCCGACACUCCAGGCACGGUCGUCAACCUACACUUCCCCGACAAGCGAUACUUUUUCGGUCAGAUCUCGGAGGGAGUCCAGCGAGCAUGUAUCGAACGCGGUGUCAAGCUGACCUACCUGUCUGACAUCUUCAUCACAGGCCGCACCGAAUGGGCAAACCUGGGUGGACUGAUUGGUGUGAUCUUGACACUGGCAGACGCAACCUCAAGCUCUGCGGCGGCUCUUGAGGACGAUACCCGUAGAAAGGCAGAGCGGAAACGGAUAUCCCGCGCUGAAGGCAAGGCGCAGCUGGAACCAGUCGCACACUAUCAUGCUGGAGCCGGUCAGGAUCGAGCUGAUGUGACGAUUCAUGGAGCUACGAACCUUGCGCAUACUAUGGCUACUGCCCGACGCUUCGUGUUCCGAAAGGGAAUGCCUGUGUAUAUGCGUGAGUAUGAUUCUGAAAUUAUGGCGAAGCAGGCUCCGACGGAUAAAGAAGAUCCCUUUGAAGAUCCGUCAUGGUCCGACAGGAACAUUAAAGUUUGGGCUCUUCCUGUGAAGCCUGCCUUUUCAAGCAGUCCUAAGCAGCCCUGCCAGCCUCGGGCACAGAGCCCGCGGAAGCGGAGCUUGGGCGAGUUCCAAGAGCUUGUUGAUCAAGAACAGCUCGAAAUCGAUCAGCGUGCCAAGGACCAAUUGAUGAGACAGUCCGUUGUGUCGGAUAUGUUCAACUCAACUUGGAAGAUGGACGCCCUAGUUGAGACCCCAUUGGCCCAAGUCAGGAUGCCCGCAGCCAUGUUUGUGCGCAACCCGGACACAAAGGAUAUCGAGCCCUACAAAGGACCUGUGCCUGGCGACAAAGGACCUUUGCCUGAUAUUAAGGUGCUGGUUCGGCAGCCCUGGCCUGGUGCGAUGGUUGAUAGGUUGCCACCCACCACCCCUUCGAAGGAAGCUGUCUCUUAUAUCAUCCGCAACCAUGACAUCCGCGGCAAGUUUGACGCUGCCAAGGCCAAGGCACUGAAAGUUCGCUACGGGCCGGAUUACGCUAAAUUAACACGCGGAGAGGAUGUUCAGUCAGAGGACGGCCAGACCAUCACUCCUGAUAUGGUAUUGGGCGCUCCUAAGCUUGGAAAGGGCAUCGCUAUCAUCGACUUGCCUUCGUCUGAAUAUGUUGAAGACUUGAUCAAGCGUCCUGAAUGGAAUUCGCCUGCUGUAACUACGGAGCUCAAGGUCUUUGUCUGGAUUCUGGGCCCUGGGGUGGGCGAUCAUCCCAAGCUCCGUGAGUUUGUGGCGAGCAUGUCUCACUGCAAACACACUGUUUCCAGCACUGACUACUGUCCGAACUACCUGGCUCUUCAGAGCUCUGCUGAGGCUUCGAUUCGUUUGGCUCGUUUGAAGGGCGAUAAUUAUUCGAUUCCUGUUCAUGACAAUGUCACUUUGCCCCAGGUCGGGCUCUCAACCAAUAGCUCGAGCACGAAGAUUAGCUCACUAGUUGACCUUCCAUUUGAGCCUCUCACGCCCGGGUUGAUCGUUGACAUGGAGCCGAACUUCCGGAUCAACAAAGAUGAAAUCUUCCAAUAUUUGAACACUGCAAAAACUUUGGAAACGAUUCCGCGCGCUGUCGAGCAGCGAAUGGAGGUCAUUCGCACUCGUACGCGCAAGCCAGCUUUUCAAAGACAACUAGCUGAAAUGCGCGAGAAUCUCCCCGGUGCUGAGGCUGAGAUCAUCGCUCUCGGCACAGGCUCAUCUGCCCCAUCCAAGUACCGCAACGUUUCCGCUACAUUGCUCCACGCCCCUGGAUAUGGUUAUUAUCUGCUGGACUGUGGCGAGAACACUCUUGGUCAGCUUCAGCGAGUCUUCGAGCCUGAAGAGCUACGCGAGGUGCUGCGGAAUUUACGUAUGAUUUGGAUCAGCCAUCUGCACGCUGAUCACCAUCUGGGCACUGCCUCGCUCAUCAAAGCCUGGUACCGUGAAAACUAUGGAGCAGACUACGAACCGUCAUCUCCACCCGAGACCGAUUUGAACAAGAUCCUGCAGGAGAAGAAUCGCCUCUUCGUUGUGUCCGAGGAGAUGAUGAUCGCCUGGCUGGAAGAGUAUGCCUCUGUUGAGGAUUACGGAUUUGAUAAAAUUGUUCCUCUCAUCGCACACCCUGAGCCGUGCGGCAAUUCUAUUAAGACUACGUUCACUUGCCGGCAUCCACGCAACGGCGCUGCCCCUUACGGCCGAAAUUCAGCGAACAGAACCGUCCUUGACUUCAACGACAAUUCCGCUUACCUCACCCACCUUCUCAAAGAAAGCAUCCGCCUGGAUGAUAUUCUCACCACUCGUGUGAAGCAUUGCAAGGGUGCUCUCGCCGUUUCUCUCGUUUUCCCGGAUGGGUUUAAGGUCUCUUACUCAGGCGACUGCCGACCUUCGGAUAAAUUCGCCUCUAUCGGCCGCGACUCAACGGUGCUCAUUCACGAAGCCACUUUCCAAGACAACAUGGUAGGCUCGGCCCUCGCCAAGCGUCAUUCAACCACCGGAGAAGCAUUGGAAAUUGGCCGCCGGAUGGGAGCCCGUGCCGUUCUUCUUACCCAUUUCAGUCAACGGUACCAAAAGAUCGCCCAUGUCGACGAGUGUGCCGGCACCUCGCAUCAUGACGAAGUCAUCAAGGCACGGCAAGCUCAGGCAUCCGCAGCGAGGGAAGCUGGCGAGGCCGACAUUCCUCUGGAUGAGCCGGAAGAGAAUUUCUCAAAAUUACCGUCUGGCGCUCAACUCUUAGAUGACAUCCGCUUCCCUUCUGCUAGCCGACCAAGCCUCCCGCCCAGCAACAAGUGGAUUCCCGGCAAGAACGCCCCGAUCGCCACUGCGAUGGACUACAUGCGUAUCAAGGUUGGCGAUCUAGCAUACGCCCAAGCAUAUGCGCCUGCCAUUGAGAAGCUUGUUGAUCUCAUGGAGCGUAACUCGGACCAGCUGGCAGAAGAAGCAAAGAAGAAGCUGCAGGCGGAGGAAGAGGCCCGCCAGGCAAAGAAGAACAAGAAGUCCGGCAAAGGGAAAGCUGCUGCCGCUGCCGCUGUAGCUAUGGCUGCUCCGGUCUUGGCCGAGCCUGAAGAGCAUCAGAGGUCUGUCUUCAGUGCCAGUGAGAGUGAGAGCGGUUGGGAGACCAGUGACUAUGAGGAGUAA